AUGUCUCGAUCAUACAAUUUGUACAAGUUAGCAUUAUUCCCAUCGAGGGUGUCACUUUGCAAAUGUCAACACCGGGCCUUCCUCCGUCCUAGCCAGGUCAGCCACACGCCCAAGAGGUGCAUGUCCUCAUACUUCAAUGGUGUCAGAAACUACUUUGGCUUCAACGUCUCGGAAGAAAGUGAAGACCGAGAUCAAGUGGACGAGGAGAUACCGUAUGUCAAGUACCCACUCAUCACCAAAGAACAAAUGAAGGAACUAGCUCAAGACAAGUUUAAAUUUGAUUUCGGUUACGCAUCUUUUGGUUUCCAUUCGGAUUCAAUCGUACCAUCGAUAAAUUCACUUAGUGAUUUGACUGACCCGACACAGUUGAACUCUCUUCUUCCGAAAAGAAGACCCGAAGGGUCUCCUAGUGACACAUUGAGCAUAAAAGCGGGCGAUGACACAAUGCUCGUUUCCCCGUCUGUUCUUGCUGUUGCCGACGGAGUCAGUGGCUGGGAAAGUUCAGGGAAUUUGGCAAACUCAGGUAUUUGGUCGCGAUCAAUUGUGGAGACUUUCAGUAGGUUAAUGACUGAGUACAAAAUUAGUCACACGCCGCAUCACUUGAAACGUCGUGAUAUUCAAGAAAUUUUGGAUGACUCGUUUUUGCAUACUUCGCAUUUGAUGGAUUUGCAAAAAUUAAGCGGCUCAUCGACUUUGGUUUUGGGAAUGUUGAGUGGGGACAUGUUGUUGAUGAUUAGCAUAGGAGAUUCCAAAUUAUUUGUCAUUAGAGACGGCAAGAUCCUUGUUACAAAUAAAGAGGAAACGGGCGAUGGGUUUUGUCCUACCCAAAUCGGAACUAAUACAAUGUCCAAAAUGCCUUCUGAUUUUGCAUGGAUUGAUCUGGUUAAGUUGAAAGAGGGCGACUACAUCGUCAUGUGCUCAGAUGGAAUCACUGAUAACUUAUAUGAGAGUGAGAUUGUCAACUACUUGGAUGAGUUUGUCCAUGCCAAGAAAAACAGCGUGAAAACCAUUGCCAGCAAAUUGCUAAUCAAGACAAAGGAGGUAGCAUUUGAUGACUACGCUUACACUCCGUACAAUGAAAAAGUCAAUCAAUCAAUAAACAGAGAUUCUUUGCAAAAUUCCCACAGCAUUGGAGGAAAAGUUGAUGACAUGUCAAUAGUUGUUGCCAAAGUCAUCAAAAAUAGUAAACAAAAGUGA